GCGUCAUCUCAGUAGUCUGUCAACGCAAGAUGACAAACACCAGCGGGGAAAACAAACAAACCCCACUGACACGGAACGACCCUGCGGUUUACAGCCGGACAUUGACUUCUCCAGCCAAGGUGAAAUAACAAGUACAACCGAGUGCCGGUGGGGCUCAACGAUAAGUCCCUUCCCCACGUGCUGAUCACGUCGACAUUGUCAACAUCACAUGACGCGGAGUCGCGGACUAGGUGGGCUUUUUCUGGUACGAACUAAAAUGAAUUGGCGUGACGAAGGACUGACAUGGGAGCCGAGUCUACCAAGUGCCUUGCUGGAUGCAGGGAUGCCGGAAUUGAACAUCAGGGGAACGACGGCAAGGAGGACAGGCAAGCAAUCAUUGAGAAGGAUGACAGAAAGAGGCGAAGCUCAAGCCCAGUUCACAGUUCAGGUGAUACACUGGACUGUCCAACCUGCCAGGGCACUGGACGCAUACCCAGAGGCCAGGAGAGCAAGCUGGUGGCUGUCAUUCCCUGUAAUGACCAGAGGCUGAGACCACGACACACAAAGCUGUAUGUUGUGGUGUCUGUUGCUGUGUGCCUAUUGGUCAGCUCCCUGGUGUUGUUCUUCCUGUUUCCCCGUUCUGUCAUUCUGUCGCCAGUGGUCGUCAAGUCAGUCUACGUUGACUUCACCGAAGAUGCCGUCCUGUUGAAAGUUACAAAUGUUCUGAAUAUCACCAAUCAAAAUUUUGCUGAAGUGCAGGCCUACAAUCUCACUGUGCAAGCCCUUAAUUUUGAGACGGUGGUGGGCAGUGUCUUCAUCCGCAACGUCACCACUGUCAAGCCCCUCACCAGCAACAUGUACUCCUUUGAGAUCCCCAUCAAGCUAACAGACAAAGGAUUGAGUAACUACUGUAAAUCAACAACCUUCAAGAUCCACACUCUGUUUAUGCACCUACAAAUUGCCAUGACGGUGUUCUACCUGGCCCACUUUGAGCAGCUGUCCCUGGAGACAUAUGAGUACAUAGACUGUGGAACGAACACCACCGUACCUCACAGCCUAUACACAUACACUCAGUGGUAGAUGGACAGAUGGAUGGAUGCAAUAGAGUGGAGGGCUCUUAUCACAAGAAUGGACGGAUGAAGGAAUUGAGUGAAUCGAAAAAUUAAUUGAUGGCUAGAGAGGUGCAAAAAUCAACCCAAGAAAAUGGAUCACCAGAAGAAUUAAUCUGUGGAUGGGAGGACGGACUGACAAAUGUGCAGACAGACGUAAUAACAUGAGAGCAGUUCAAUGGAUGGAUAAAUAAAAUAGAGGAAAAAUCGACAAAACAGACAGAAUUUUCAAUGUCGCUACCCUUUCUUAUCCGGUUGGACAAAUCGACAAACAUACAGGAGGCGAUAGGCUGGAUGUGCAGACACACUGAUAGAGGAUGGAUAAACCUCCGCCUCUUCCAAAUUAUUCCCUUUUUCGGAUGCGGUGAUGGAUUACAAGUAAAACCACACGAUACAUCGGACAAACUUGAAAACCACAAUAUGGACUGGGGUUUCUGGUUUAAAAAAAGGCCGCAAUGAUUGCUCAGAAGAAGAGGUCUUUCAGAUGAGCUCUGUAACAAAGUCUUGUUUCUGUCAAGAUUUCAUGGCCUGCAAACUCAGGAGCUCUUCUGCUGUCUGCACAGCACACGUAAAGACUGUUGGCAUCGUUUCCCUACAAAAAAAUUAUGUUUAUGAGCUGAACAAGAAUUUGUACAGGAAAAGCUACCUUCCACAUUCACGUCACACGGUAUUGGGUAAAAAUGGAGAUUGUCAGAUCAUGCAGCUCAGUAGGCAGACAGAUGAACAGUCCAUGCAUUUUUCAAAAUCAGCUGUCAUAAAAUGCUUCUUUACUGCAAUACUUCCCGUUCAGCGGGUUUCCAGUUUGCUGAGGUAACCCACAGUGUCCGUUUCCAGAAGUGUUGGUUGAGGUCAGUACAGUAUGCCCUUCAUUAACAUCUAAUUCCUCUUCUUCUCUCAGGCGUUUGGAAUAACAGGUGCAAAGUUUACGAUGAGGAACAGUUUGUCAGAAAGAGUUUCUUCAGCUUUCAGAAGAGCAUAUCCCUGUUAAGUCUCGUACAUCUGGCGCCUGUUCUAGGUCUGAAAAUAAAUGGUUGUUGUUUUUAUCUCAGUUCUGUCUUUAUUAAAAAGGCAAUUAGCCUUUCACUA